GGGAAGCGUAGGCAUCUGGUACGCUUUGAGUUAAUCCACGUUCAGUCCCGCGUUGUGGCCAGCCGAUCCCUUUUGAACGCUUAUGGACCUUAUGUGAGCCUGCUGAUGACAAGCCUAGCCUUGGGCCUGGAAAGUGCUAUCUCUCUCUCCACCUCGCUGCUCAUGAUUCUUAUGCACACCCGCCUGGAGUGGCCUGUCACCAGAUUGGCGAGAGCUGCGCGCCUGCGCCGCCUGGAGGUUGCUGCGCUCUGCAGGAUGCCCUUUCCUGUUGCUUCGGAAGCUACGCAAGUAUGGAGCACAAAGCUUUGGACAGGGUGGCGACCACGCAGAGAAUCAUGGAGGAGAAGGGGGUUCUAAAGUGCUUCUAGCCAACGAAAUCCCCAACGCAUGCUUGAG